AUGACGCAGAUUAUGAAGGACAGCUUCCUCGAUCUGGAGAGGCAUCGGCAGCUGCUUGAGGAGAACGUAGAAAAGCUCCGCAAGUCCCUGCGGCAUUGGCAAAUAUGGGAGGCAGAAUAUGAAGGGCUGAAAGAAGAAAUUUUGGCAAGACAGCCUCCUCCAAACCAAGAACAAUUGAUAGAGCUUGUGCGUGACUACGAGGGCGAAUUAGUCAAUCAAAAGGAAGUCACUGAAAUUCUGGGUGAGCCAACGCGAUCACCAGCACAAGUUGUGAACCUACUCGACAGGCGGAUCGAUUACGUCGAGCAAAAUGCGCGGAGCCUUCAGAAGCAAAUCGAACUGGCAGAGAACAAGCUCGCAGCAGCGUCCAUCAUAAGUCAGCCAGAAGUCAGGAAUGAGGAAGGUCUUCCUGUGACCGAUAUCGUGGAGGAGCUGGAUGAGGAAGGAAACAUCAUCUCGAGUCACAUAUCAACGCCUGGAAGCGCAAAGCCACAACUGCUGGAGGUCUUGGAGAAAGCAGGUAUCCAUGAUCUGCCAGAAACAGAUAGUCCGCCUCAAAAUGUACAGAUCCCACAUAAAUACCGGUCAGAAGCCUCCCCAGCAGAGACCAAACCCGCAAAGAAAGGCGUCAAGUUCUCUGCGGAUACAAAGAUUGGUCCAGAACCCGAAAAGUCACAAACGGCGAAGAGGGUCGAAACCAUCAUGAAUAUAGCAAGACAGCAGGGUACAAGGCCACCAGAACCUCCUAUUAUACCCACCGAUGAAUCUCCAGAGGAUGCCGCUCUUCGCAGAGAGAUGCUAAAAUAUGGCAUGUCAGAAGUUGGGGCUGUCGUGGCAGAGCUUGAUGUUGAAGAGGGUGACUGGACUGAUGGAGACUACGAUGAUUAUGGAGAGGACGAAUCAAGUACUGACGACGAAGAUGAAUUCGGCAGAUCGACUGGAAGGGUCGUUGAUGAUGAAUUACGGCAGCAAAUGAUAGAGUUGGAAGAGAAACUGGGAGUUAGGAUGAUGGAGAAUGCUGGCCCAAAACCAGAAGACUACGAUAUCGUGAAGGAAGGCAUCGGUCGCAUCUCAAUCAACGGGGAAGACGAAAAGGGGACCGAGAAAGCUACGGCGAAAGAGUCGAUCCCUAGCGAUGGCAAAGAUCCACUGUCUACCCAGGCAUCCAAAAAGUCUGUUCGCUUUUCAGAAGAAAUCGAUGUAUCUACUGCUCCCACGCCCCCCUCAAAUCUACCUAAGAAGAAAACGGCUCCUAUUGGCGACAUAGUCGAGCGGACUGCUCCUGCGCAAGCUGCUACGCCCAAGCCAAAGAAAACAUCACGCUUCAAAUUAGACCGAGCUGGUGGUGAUUCUGCCAGCCAUGCAAACAUGCCUCAUCGGCCCGCUAGCAAUCCGAUUUCAGCCCUAACCUUACAGCCGGCCAAACCUUCCACGCCGAAACCGUUCUCCGGGCCGAUUCAAUACCCACAAGAAAGAAGCCGAGUUACCCCUACUGGUCCCGAAGGCAAGACUUUGGCUUCUGCAGUAAUCGAACGCGAUAUCCCGCUUAACACAUCCGCCACUGCACCCGAUGAGUUGGAUCCCGAUCUAUUGCAUCAGGAAGUUGCUAUCGAGUACCACAAGAUGCGUAAUAUCAUGAUUCAGCGGGAGGGGGGCUUUAUGAAGGAGGAAGAGAGCGAGAUCGUGCCGCGUACGGAAGAGGAAGGUGGUCCAAAGAAGAUGAGUAGAUUCAAGGCCGCAAGGCUAGCGAAGUCGUAG